AUGAUGAGUGCAGAGGUAUCUAAAUAUAAACAAGAAAUAGUUGAAGCUAUUAAAGUUCUUGAAGGUACUGAUGGGAAGAUAAAGAAUCCUGAGGUUAAUAUCCGUUUAUUGAAGCCCUCAGCUGACAAUUUUAACUCAAAGGGUAGGAAUACUGAUAAGAGAGGUGUCAAGAAAGACACAGCAAGAAUAAAGAUCUUGCAAGACAAGUUUGAAGAAAGUCAAGAAAAGAAGCUUAGUGAGAAAAAGAAGGACGAUAAGUUAAAAGAGGAACAUGAGAAAAAGAAGCGUGCUUUAGAAAUUGAAAAAGACAUGCUGCUCUCGAGUAUAAGAGAGAAAAUACAGCCUUACGUGUUCGCGAUGAUAGUGGUAUUAUUGUCAACACCAAAUGUCAGCCGAAGCUGA